UUUGUUCUAAUUUUCCAGAACUUUCUUGCAAAUAUAGUGCAUUUAGUAUUGAGGAUGUGCACAACAUAGUUAAUUUUUGAUCAUUUUUUUCUUUUAUUGUUUUAUUUGUUUUAGUAUUGUUUUAGUAUUGUUUUACUGUUGUUUUUCAUGAUUUUUAUUUUUUUUUUCAUGUUCAGUUCUUCUUCUUCAUCUUCUUUUCUUUUCUUCUUCUUCUUUUUUUUUUUUUUAAAUUUUUUAAAGUUCUUAGUUACGUUUUUUUUUUUUGAAAAUAUAAGAGUUAGUGUGGUUUUUUUUGUUCUAAUUUUCCAGAACUUUCUUGCAAAUAUAGUGCAUUUAGUAUUGAGGAUGUGCACAACAUAGUUAAUUUUUGAUCAUUUUUUUCUUUUAUUGUUUUGUUUGUUUUAGUAUUGUUUUACUGUUGUUUUUCAUGAUUUAUUUAUUUGAUGCCGAUUUCACUGCCCUUGCUCCAUCUCGCUGGAAUUAAUAGGUAUUUUUUGGGUGUUCUCGUGUUGUUGUGAUGGUUCUGUCUGUGAGUGUGGAAGAUGGAGGCUAUAAAUACAUUUCUUCUUCGUUCUCUUUGGCUAUUUUUGUGGUUUUUUUCUUCUGGUUCUCCUAUAAAUACAUUUGACGAGCUCACUUACAAGAGAGUUUUGAGGUGUGUGUUUCUUUUAUAUUUUUCUAAGUAGUUAUAUUUGCUUCAUUUGUUUUUGUGUUGUUUCAGUGUUGUUUUAGUAGUUUUUUUUAUUAUAAUUUUCUAGGAAUAGACUUGCAAAUAUAGUUGAUUUUGCAUCUGGUGUUGAGGUUGUGCAGCAGAUUGUUUGUUUUUUUUAAUCAUUUUUAUCUUUUGUUUUGUUUGAUUGUUUUAGUGUUGUUUUACCGUUGUUUUGCCAUGAUUAUUUAUUGACGUCGAUUUUACUGCUUUUGUUCAAUCUUGUCGGAAUUAAUGGUUAUUUUCCGGUUGUCCUGGUGUUGUUGUGGUGGUUAUGUCUGUGAUUGUCAAAGAUGGAUGCCUCAUACUUUUGUUUUGGUAUUGACAGUAUAAAAAAAAAAAAAGGAGAGGACAGUAUAAAUGUAAAUUCUGCCGUGUGGCAGUAAAAUUGAAAAGUAUUACCCCAAAUCCAGUAUUUUUGUAAAAUGCCCUAUUUAUUCACCAACAAAGUUAUAAUCUAAUUUGAAAGACUUUUCACAUUAAAAAAUGAGAAAAUAUUUUCGAAAAUAAUAAAUGCAAAUACAAAUACAAAAUCAAUUUAAAAAAUAACAAAAAUAUUAUUUUUAUCUAUUUUUUUUUUUAUCAAAUAUACAUAUACAAAUAAAAUAUUUUAUAGGUACGUACAUACAUAUAUAGUUCCAACUUUUAUCGUUAGAUGUUUAUCUAUGCAAUUAUUCUUUACUUGAACUCUCGAAUCAUAGUAAAUUAGCUAUUAGAUUAGUCUUGCAUGAGAAAAUUAUUUAAAAAAAAUGAACGAAAUACAAUAGAAGGAAAAAAUUUACGAUUAUUUUUGUAGUUUGAGGAGAAGUUUUUACAAAUAAUAAUAAUAAUUUGAAGGAAAAAAUCCUAUAAGAUCAUAUUUAAGAUGAAAAUCCUAUUUCUUCUUAAUUAAUUAAUUAGCUUUCGGAGAUCAAUAUAGUAUGACCAAAAACCUCUUCAAGAGAAGAACCACCAACAACUACAUACCUAAUAUUAUAUAAUAAAAUAUAAUACUAUGGACUUAAUUAUUACUAGUCACCUACUUUAUAAUUUCUUCACUAUCAAUAUAUAUAAAUAUAGAGAAAUGCUAAAAGGCACUGUCAAGCACUCUUAUAUGUGUCAAUAUCGCUAUUGGUCUAAUUUAGUAUCGGGUCCUAUAUAAUUUAAUAUAAUAGUUUUUAGAGAGUAUCGGUAGCCAAUCAUAAGGCGACAUGUCUUAAGGGUGCUAGACACCGUAGCAAUGCUCAUAAAUAUAUAAUUAUAAUAAUAGACAUGCUACUAUUUUUCUAAUAAUUAGUUAAUGUGGAGCUGGUAAAAUAGUGCUAGAAAGCGAAACUUAAUGUGACUUGAAAAUUGACUAGUAAUAUAAUUAAUGCAUAUUUUGUUUCAAUAUUCAUAACUAAUUCAAAUUUGAAUAUUUCUAUAUUCUAUAUAUUCUUUUUUGUGCAAGAAAGUAUACAAUAUUGUUUAACACGUGUGCAUAUUGACAUAUGUGUAUUAGCUGACAUCGAAUGAAAACUUGGCUUAUAAAUAGAAGAGUUUACGUACCUCAUCAAAUAUAUCUGCAAAUAUUGUCUUUGUCUUCAAAAAUUGUUUACGAUUCUAAAAAAGGAAAAAAAUAUAUAAAUUAUUAGUAAAUAAACAUGGCCGAACAGUUAACCCAGUCGGCUCUCAAGAAGACGAUGCUGUUCAUCAGUGGGAAUAAUAAGGAAAUUAGUGGGGAAGAUGUGGGAGCUGCAGAAACCUUAAAUGAUGAGAGUAAUAAGGUGUUGAUGAUGAAGAGUGAAGAAGUGCAAGCUGGACAGGAUCCCAAUGCAAGCUUUGAUCCUGUUAGGAGAAUUGCCUGUGGAUUUAAUCACUUUCUCAUCCAUAAGUUCUACAGGUAUCCUGAUUAUUUUCGUCAACUUGCCGAAGCACAACAUCCCAAGUUUCUUGUAUUUGCUUGUUCUGAUUCUCGAGUGAGUCCUUCUAAUAUUUUGAAUUUCCAACCUGGAGAAGCUUUCAUGGCUCGCAACAUUGCUAACUUGGUUCCAACUUUUGACAAGUCUAAAUAUUCUGGAGUUGGAGCAAUUAUUGAAUAUGCGGUAACACAGCUCAAUGUGGAGAAUAUUUUGGUUAUCGGUCAUAGUCGGUGUGGUGGAAUAGAGAGACUUAUGUCUCAUCCAGAAGAUGGUUCAGUUCCUUUUGACUUCAUAGAUGAUUGGGUCAAAAUUGCUCAAUCUGCCAAGGACAAAGUCAAAGCUGAGCACAGUGAUUUACCAUUUGAGGAACAAUGCGAAAUAUGUACUGAGGAAGCUGUGGAUUUGUCACUAAACAAUCUGCUUACUUAUUCGUACGUUAAGAAGGGAGUUGAAGAGAAAAAGAUUGCACUUAGAGGUGGAUACUAUGAUUUUGUGGUUGGAAAUUUCAAGCUUUGGGAACUUGCAUGACUGAAAUAUUAAUUAAUUUCACCCCACGUUUAAGUGUGAUUGUGUUACAACUUAUGCGUUAAAUAAUCAAUAAUGUAUGCUUUAACUAUUAUACAUGUGUGCUACUUAUACUUAUAGUUUAAGCAAAUAAUAUAUUUAUGCUGCUUCAU